AGUAGUCUGCAGUUAUGUCGUGUUACGCUAUUCUCUUAAAUUUGUUCUGAGUUGUAUUACCUUUCUCUAUGUAGUUAGUUUCAACUAAGUUACAAUUCUGACUUAUAAUUAAUUUCUUUUAAGUUGUGUAACUUCAUUCUUCGAUUUCAAUUAAUCCUUGUACUUUGUGAAAUUUCCAGAAAUCAUGGAUCUUGUUUCAUUCUCUCCGAAAUACACAUAAUGUUUCUUUGUAAAAUUUUAAGUAUUGCUAAUUUUUAGUUAUUUAUUAAAUAACUUUCUAAGGUUCCUUGCUGUCAAGUGUUUGAUGGAAAACAACCAAAAAUCCAUGCAUGGAAAUAAUUUUACUUACACUUCUAAAUGCUGCAAAAAUUUUGACUAUAGUGUAUCCAACUGAGGUGUACAAAGUUCCUCAAUGUCUUACACGGAAUUGGAGCAAGGUUAUCAAGGGUUGAAACAAUCGCGUCCGUAUUUUUACAUUGGAGAGGAUGAGUACCCAUCAUCACACAAAACCCUCAAGGACUCGGAUCGAGACGAUGAGGAUCUGUCUGAAGGCAAACAGGUUCUCGUGGGAAUUUGUGCCAUGGAGAAAAAAUCCCAGUCGAAACCUAUGAAGGAGAUUCUGACACGAUUGGAAGAAUUUGAAUACUUGAAAACUGUUGUAAUUCCCGAAGACGUUAUAUUAAAUGAACCUGUUGAAAAAUGGCCAAUUUGUGACUGUCUCAUUUCAUUUCAUUCAAAAGGAUUUCCCUUGGCAAAAGCCAUCCAAUAUGCCAACUUGAGGAAGCCAUUUAUUAUUAAUGAUUUGUUUAUGCAGUAUGACAUCCAAGAUAGACGAAAAGUGUAUAGUAUUUUAGAAAAUGAAGGCAUUGAACUUCCAAGGUAUGCUGUAUUAGAUAGAGAAUCUGAACACCCUUCAGGUAGCCAUCUACUUUUCACAGAGCUUGUAGAAAGUGAGGACCAUGUGGAGGUGGACGGCGUGGUCUUCAACAAGCCGUUUGUGGAGAAGCCCAUCUCUGCUGAAGAUCAUAACAUCUAUAUCUACUAUCCCACAUCAGCAGGAGGUGGAAGCCAAAGGCUUUUCAGAAAGAUUGGAAGCCGCAGUAGUGUUUAUUCUCCUGAAAGUCGUGUCAGAAAAUCCGGUUCUUUCAUUUAUGAAGAGUUUAUGCCCACAGAUGGAACAGACGUGAAGGUAUAUACUGUGGGUCCAGACUACGCCCAUGCAGAGGCUCGAAAGUCUCCAGCUUUGGAUGGAAAAGUGGAGAGAGAUAAAGAGGGGAAGGAAGUUCGAUAUCCCGUUAUUCUCAGUAAUGCUGAAAAACUAAUUGCUAGAAAAGUCUGCCUGGCAUUUAAGCAAACCGUAUGUGGUUUUGACCUUUUGAGAGCUAAUGGAAAAUCAUAUGUAUGUGAUGUGAAUGGAUUUAGUUUUGUAAAGAACUCAAUGAAGUAUUAUGACGAUUGUUCCAAAAUACUAGGGAACAUGAUCCUUAGGGAACUGACACCUCAGCUGCACAUUCCUUGGUCAAUGCCAUUUCAAUUAGAUGAUCCUCCCAUUGUGCCAACUACCUUUGGGAAGAUGAUGGAAUUGCGCUGUGUGAUUGCAGUUAUACGGCAUGGGGACAGGACACCUAAACAGAAGAUGAAGAUGGAGGUGAAACAUUUUAAGUUUUUUGAGAUUUUCCAGAAGUAUAGUGGCUAUAAAGAUGGACAUGUUAAAUUAAAGAAACCAAAACAACUUCAGGAAAUCUUGGACAUCACAAGAUCUCUUCUCAGUGAAAUUGAAUUGAAACCAGAUCUUGAGAUAGAAGAAAACAAAGCUAAAUUGGAACAGCUUAAAGCUGUACUUGAAAUGUACGGACAUUUUUCUGGAAUCAACAGAAAGGUACAAUUGAAAUAUCAGCCUCAAGGAAGACCGAGAAGAUCCAGCAGUGAUGAAGACACUCCUCGUGAACCCUCCCUUGUGCUCAUCUUGAAGUGGGGAGGCGAGUUGACACCUGCAGGACGAGUUCAAGCUGAAGAACUGGGUCGGGUCUUCCGAUGUAUGUACCCUGGUGGGCAAGGUGAGUACGCUGGUACCCAAGGCCUUGGCCUGUUGCGUCUCCACAGUACAUAUCGUCAUGACCUCAAGAUUUAUGCCUCAGAUGAAGGGAGAGUUCAAAUGACGGCUGCUGCCUUUGCAAAAGGCCUUUUAGCAUUAGAAGGAGAGCUGACACCCAUCUUGGUACAAAUGGUGAAGAGUGCAAACACCAAUGGUCUUCUGGAUAAUGACUGUGAUUCUAGCAAUUAUCAGAAUAUGGUGAAACAACGACUUCAUGAAACUUUGCAGAUUGACCGAGAGUUUACUGAAGAAGAUUUUGAAAAACUAAACCCUACAAAAGCACGAUCAAUCCACAAUGCAUUGCAGUUCAUAAAGAACCCUGUCAGAGCGUGUGAGCAUGUCCAUGAACUCCUCCAGGAGAUAAAUCAGCUCAUCAAAAGAAAGAAGGAAGAUCCGAGACUCCAAGAAGCCCCUUUGUAUCACGGUGAGACUUGGGAUCUGAUGCAGCGUCGUUGGUCCAAACUUGAGAAAGAUUUCCAGAUGAAGAAUGGAAGAUUUGACAUUAGCAAGGUGCCUGACAUUUAUGACUGCAUCAAGUAUGACCUUCAGCACAAUCACCAUAGCCUUCAGUUUCCUCGUGCACAAGAGCUUUAUGUUUAUGCAAAAGCGCUAGCUGACAUAGUGAUACCACAGGAAUAUGGCAUCAACCAACAAGAAAAACUGACCAUUGGUCUGGGUAUCUGCACUCCCUUGCUCAAGAAGAUCCGGGCAGACCUCCACAGGAACAUUGAUCCUGAAGGAGAUGAAACAGAGAAUGUCAAUAGACUCAACCCUAUAUACUCUCAUGGCGUAUCUUCUCCUGAAAGGCACGUGAGAACCCGUCUUUAUUUCACAAGUGAAAGUCAUAUCCACUCCCUGCUCACUGUAUUGCGCUAUGGAGGGCUUCUCGAUUGGCCUGAGCCAAGUCUUUUGUGUAGCUGCUUACCCGAAGAUAUUCAAGAUGAACAAUGGCGAAGGGCAAUGGAAUAUGUUUCUGCAGUUUCAGAGCUUAACUACAUGACUCAGGUGGUCAUCAUGCUUUAUGAGGAUCCCACAAAGGAUAUCUGUUCUGAAGAGCGUUUCCAUGUGGAGUUGCAUUUCAGUCCAGGUGUUGUGUGCUGUGUUCAGAAAAAUCUACCUCCUGGACCAGGUUUUAGACCUCAAUCUCGAAAUGGACCAAAAGAGCGUUUAAGCUGUCCUUCUUUGACUUUGACUGGUGACCGUCACAGCAGCUACGAUUGCGAAAAACAGACUCCUCGCAUCGACGAAGAGGAAGAUGACCUGACAUUGGAAGAAGAAAUCAACUGCCCCAGUGAUCCUGAUUCGCCAACCAUCUUUGAAGAAAACGACAUGAAAGAAGAAAAGAAGUUUAUUUUGGCGCGCACUAAGGCUUCUGAACCUAUUCCUAUCCAAAGGGUGACCUCCAAAGUUUCUACCAGUCUGCCCCACAAGCCAUGCGUCCUGAUCAAGAGCAGCAGCGACAGCUCGAGGCCUCGGAGCUUGGACAGCGAGAGCAAUAAAGCCUCCAAGACGGAGAAGAGUAGCCCUCACACCCAGAGCUUGGAAGACGUGUCCGUCAACUGUAAAACUUCUCACGAACGACGAGAAAGUUUCCAGCACAGGCACUCUAUACCAGGCCAGCUGAGCUCUUACCUGCGCAUGUGCAGUGCAGCGGAUCUGCCCAAGGUAUACGGAUCCACCAACAGCUUGUUCAGCACUGCUGUCAUCAGCGGAUCCUCCAGUGCUCCAGAAUUAAAAAACGUCGUUGCGCCGUCUUCUGCAGAUGGCUUCUGCCAGGUACCUACCAUCCGUCCGUUGGAGACGCUGCACAACGCUCUUUCCCUCAAGCAGCUGGACUCGUUUCUGGAGCGAAUGACCUCCUCCUCCUUCCGGAUGUCUCUGCAGUCUCUCUGCAAGCUUCCCUCGUCUUCGUCCUCCACCUCCUCCUGUUCACAGCCGACCAACAUCCUGCCUAUCGUCUCCCCUUCCAACAGCGCUCUGUGGAGCGGUCCGCCAUCCUUUGUCUCGAGCAGCGGACCUUCCUCGCCCAACUCCUCCACGCUGGACAUCUGGGCCCGCUGGAGAGCUAUGACAGAAGUGGACUCCGCGCUGCUCGACUACUCGGGGUCUCGCAGCAGCCUCAGUAAUCCCCCUUCGCCGCACGAUCCUCAUUACCACAACAACAGCCUUUGACACAUCCUCCGAUACGGCGGGUCAGGGGUGACAGCCACUGCUGCUCCCCCUCUCGCUGAGAUUCCAAAGCUGACACUAUUUCACUGCAUUUAUUUUCUGCAUGUCACACUUUUAUGUUGUACUCUCUUAUUACCUAACUCAUUCAAUAGAACUUGGCUAAUUCGAAUGUUUUAAAUUCAAAUAACCAAAUACAUUUUUAAAAAAUCAAAAUACAGUCCAAUAUUUUAAAUUCAAAUCCGUCAAUAGUUUCGGAGUUGUUAAUUUUAGAAGGGGAGAUUUAUUAAAUUUUGUUUUUAGCGCAAUGUUAAAAUAUUGUUUGUGAUUUAAAUGUCUUUUAAUUUUAUUGAAGUUAGGUAAAAAAAAAAUUAUUUGUAUUUCUGAAUUAUCUGAAUUAUUUCUAGUGGGUUUCCUCAAUAAUCAUAAAUAAAAAAUUUUUUACUUCAAGUUUUUUUUUUUUUACUACAACAAAAUUUUUGCUACCCUCUAUUUACUACAAGAUAUGAUUAUUUUCUCUUUUAUGCUCAUUAUUGGAUUCAUUUUUACAAAUUUUUAGACUGUUUUGUUUCCACCGUCUUUGAAAUGGCCGAAUCCCUUUGCUGACUUCACAUGUUACCUUCAGCACACACAGGGGCUUUCUUAAUGUUUUGCCCUGCAACUCUUUUUUAGGGAAGAAAUCUCAUUUUGCUCCAAAAUGGUUGGUUAAGAUCCUGAAAAAAGUAUAAAAAUCAGUGAUAAAGAAACUGAAUAUAAAAUGAUUAUGAAGGGAUGUUCGAUAAAAGUGUUGUAGCUUUGCGUACCAGAUGAAUGAAUGGAUUAAAUUAAAAAAUUUGUAAAUUUUCCAAUUCUAAAUGUUUAUUGCCUCUUGAAUGAACGAAGAGUGCUAUUGAUCAAAUAGGGUGAAGAAUUUUUCAGGCACCAGUUUAAAAAAAAAAGGAUGCUUUUAUACUCUUAUGUUAAUGUUGAAGAUGUUUUUGUCAAAAAAGUUUGAGUUUACAGCAAGAAUCGCAAAAACAUGAAAUACCGAUAUAAAUACUGUCAGUAAAUUGAAUUUUAUAUCUCAUUCUCAGUAUGUUUUAUUCAUGAAUUUUUUUCCUUUAACAUUCUUUAUGUUCUUAUUUUCUGGACAUUUCCAAUUCUUUGAAUUUCAGAUUUCUGAUAAAAGAAAUAAUUAUUUCCAACAUCUUACGACGCUAGAAAAGCUUAUUUUCAAAAAGAUUUUCAUUUUCUACUUGAAUCUAUAAUAAUUUUAAGAAUUUUUUAUUAUAUGAUGGAAUUUUGUAAUCAAUAUUUUUUUUUAAAUGCCGUCUUAAACAGUGCCUGUCGUUGUAUCAAAACUAAAUAAUUUGCUGGCAAUCGAGUGGGGAAGAUAUUCAGAGGGACUGUACAGAACUAUUAGGAGUAAAUGAAAAAUUGAUUACAAAAUUCCAUCUUCAUCAAUAUGGAUCAAUUUUUAUUAUUAAUUGUCUCAAACAUUUGUGCUUGCAAAAAGCAAAGAAAGUGGUUUCAGCAAAUGACGACUACCUCAUGUUUUCUGCCACUCAGCUAUAUAUGUAGUGUCCUUCGUUACGUGCUGUUUUGGCAGUGACGAUUGUAAAGAUCUGAUAUUGAAGCAAAAUUAUCCUUGCUUUUUCUGAUAUGACGACAUUAAGCGACAUUGCGCAAGGAUUUUGUAUGGCUCCGAUGUAGUUAAAAUAUUAGUAUGUAUUACGUUUGGAAGUCGAAUGGAUAUUCCUAUUUGAUUUCCGCCUUAGUUUUUUGAAAUCUUUACAAAUGACAUCUUUUCUGACAAUAAAAAUGCAAUCUACAUUGCAAACUGUGAUAAUCGAUGGCAUGUUGAUACUCAUCAAUAUUCAGUCUCUGUUAAGAGAUUAAAUGAUUGUGAUUGAAAUCAUUGGCCGAUGAAUUAGAAAACUCUGUUGAAUAUUAUACUAGAAGCCCAAAUGGCAGGCCGGAUUAGCAAGAAUUCUACCCAUUUCCAGCUAAUUUUUUUUUUUAUUGAGUAAUCAUAUUAUUUUUUAUAUUUUCCAUUCCCUUACUAUCAUCAAACGUCGUAAGCUAUUAAUUACUCUAGGGGCUUUAGAGCUAAACGGGCAAGAUCUACUAUAUUUAUUUUUCAUUUAAUUUCAUUUUUUAUGAUAAUAGUUCGAUGGCUAAACAAAUGAAGAUAAUAUUGAAAUAAUUUUAUAUUGUCUAUCCAAAAACUGGUCAUUCAUUCUUGUGGCAAUCAGCUAUUCACGCCUCUUUUUAAAUGCAGUAUUUGCAAGUUGCUGAAUUUACCCAGCUAAAAGAUAUAGAAUCGGUGACUGUAUAUGUGCGUAGGUCCUUCGGCUGCAGACAGGGAAAGUUCUUCCGGAAGUACGAAUUUUGGUGGAGUGGCUGAACCUCUUUUGAUCUUUGCUGCAGCCCCGAAUGAAAGUACUCGAGACCAAAUCCAACGAGUACCAUAACAGAUCUUCCAACAGACAAAGUAUAACAUGCAUUUAUUCAGCGAUAAUAUUGUUGCUUAUUUAAAAUGUGAGGACGAAUGAAAAGGAAUGCAAAUACAUUUGUUAUUCAUAAAAUAAUAUAACAGAGUUCGGCUCGAUGUGAUAUUUUUCGAAGCAGUCCCCUUUCAAGUGGUGUAUAUUUGAAUCAACAAUUCAGGAACCCAGCUUCUUAAGAACGCAUCUGCUUUCUUCUAAAUAGCCAUGCCUAAGUCAAAUCAAAGGCUUGUACUUCCAAUCUCAAAUGAGGGAGUAAAUGAAUGUAAUAUGGAGCUUGACAAAGACUGUGUGGAUAGAGCUGCUGACAUUCAGUAUUUUGUCUCACCAGAAUGUCGUGCGAAACAUGACAGCAUGCGGUGAGAACUAAUUGCUAUUACAGUAUUCCCCAUAGAAUGCAUGUGCAUUUUUAGGAAUCCAUAGAAAAGUGAAAUCAAGAUACGUUUUGCCUUUUUUAUUUCAUCUACCUCUAGAAAAUGAUUAGUCUCAUUCUCAGUCUAGACAAAAAAUAUCAUGCCUUGAUGUUGAUGGCAUUUCUCAAUAUGUUUGUGUUUUGUUAAAGAUUUUAAUACUGUAAUUAAUAUCAUGCUCGUUAUUUUUCUUUUGCUUUUCAACUGUUCAAUGAAACUGUGAUAUGAAUCACGCGCUGGACUGACUGACGAAACGGUUAUCGAAUUUAUUUCCGGAUUUUUUUAAAAAAAGAAAUCCGGAUUCUCAACGGUAUUUAGAUUUUAAUGGUCGUAGCAAACUGAAUUGUACUUUUCUAGCACAGAUGUCUCUUCGGAGUGUUUCACCCAAUCACCAGUAUUUUAUAUGUACCUAUUUUGUAUAGAUGUAUUCCCUCUCUGUUAAAUACUUUUCUAUAUAUUGUAUUCUUUUUUUUUCUAGAAACUUUUGUUUGUUCCCAAAAUAAAUAUAUUAAAAUUUGUUGAAAACUAUCAAAAAAAAAAAGGAAGAAAAUAAUAAAAUGAUUAUUUAUUUCA